UACUAAUUGUAUUCUAUUAUUGUAUAGUUUACUUGUAUCGAGCGUGAAGUACACCCAGCAACGCAACUAAUGUCCAGCGUGUGGCGCUAGUGCGACUCUCCGGGCGGUAGAGAGACUUCUGUUGACGGAAGUUCCCACGGAAGAAGAGACGAGCUGCGAUGGUGCGAGUGAAGUCCAGGUAUUUACUGUGCGAAAUCAACGUUCAAGACAGGAGCUGCUUGUUGCUGCUGGAUGACCGAGCUGUUGCAUUGGCAGUGAAGGCAGCGGUGGCCCGCACACACGGGGACUAUGGGGCGGCUCUCUGCAGCAGCAGGUUCUCUGUGAAAUAUCUGAAUGCUCAUACUGGAAUAGUAUUCCUGCGUUUCCCCAAAAUGUGUUACAAACUCCUCUGGUCUGCAUUGCCUUUCAUUACCUGUAUUGAAACUCGUGGGCAGAAAAUCUCAUGUUUUCUGAACUGUUUGCAUGUGGGAGGAACAAUUAGAACAUGUCAGAAGUUUCUGAUCCGAUACAACACCCAGCAGCUCCAUCGAAUGCUACCUAAAUGUAAAAAUGAAGAAGAAAAACAACAGAUACGGAAAUCAAUUCUGAACUGCACUCUUACAAGAGGAAACAGGGAAGAAUUUGAAGAUUCAGAGAGUGAGGAAGAUGAAGAAGAGUGACUUCACAGCAUACAGUAAAGGGCGGCAUUCAGUUUUUGUUUUACGGGACUGAAAUCAAGCAUUUGAAGAAAUGCAUACCCAACUCUGUGGAAAUAUGGUUCAUACUGCAGCUGCUCAGAGCUCUUGUUUGUAAAGAAAACUGACUGACUGUAUGCUUGUCUUCAAUAGAGGGACACAUUAGAUAUGUUUGGCACAUUAAUUGUUUGGGUUGGCAGAAUGGCCUGAGUCCAGUGUCCUAAUUCUGAAAAAAGCGUUUUCAUGUUUCAAUGAAAUAUUUUGUAUUUAUACUGUUUUAUGGUCAUGCUUAUUUUGUUUACAAAUUAAAACACUGUUUUUGAA